AUGACAAAUGAGUGGAUCGAUUGGUCGGAUUGCCGUUUGCGUGCACCCAUACGUGCCGGCUACAAUCAUCAUCAAUCGCUGCUCAAUAACAACUACACUGGAUUUUCGAAUAAAUUCCAUUUGCGAACGCAUAAACUGCAACAGUUGCAUACCUCCGGCGCGAAGCUAAAAGAUGUGCCAACACAAAUUCCACCACUCACCCCGGGUACAAAUCGAAAGGUAGCCGAAGUGUUAAAGGCCUCUUUCGCAUCAUGGGAGAAGGAGGUGCAGAACUGCAAUAUUACCAAAGAUCCGCGCGAAUGGACGGAGGAGCAUGUCAUCUAUUGGCUUAAUUGGGCAAUCAAAGAGUUCUCCUUGGUCUCGAUGAAUUUGGAGCCGUUUAUAAAAAUGAAAGGACGUGAUAUGAUUGAAUUAGGCAAAGACAAGUUUCUAGCGAUAACACCGCCAUUUACGGGCGAUAUUUUGUGGGAACACUUAGAUAUACUGCAGAAAGAUUGUGAAAAAUGCGGCGUUGAUGAUGUAAAUUCACAACAGAGCGCCUUUGAGGCGGCCACCACUGCGUCAGUCUGUGGAUCAGAUCAUCAAGUGGGCAAUUAUUUAGGUAAUAACGGCAAUAACAAUAACAAUAAUAACAACAGUCACCGAUUAGCACCCGAUUACGCAACACCGCCAUCCAGUGAUAAAAGUAGCUUCCAUUCGCCCUCGGUGCAUCACAGCGGUGAGUAA